GUGCAACAUCUAGAGAUGUCAUGGUUCUAAAGCAAAGAAUAGCUGAACACUAAUCAGGUUGCCGCUUGAUCGGUCCGUACAACCACCAUUCCACUUUCGUCCACUCUCACACGCACAAUUCGUGGUGCAUAAGCAGCUGGAGCCGGGAUGUCUGCGGGCGCUGAAACCUCCACACACCCUCAACGCCGAGUCCGUCAUUUGACAUCAAUCCAAGUCCGCAACCUCACCGCAUUUCCCGUCCGUGAUGCAUUUGCAUCUGCACUCUCCCAACCCGCGGACAAGAAUGGGACUGGGCCCUCGGGAUAUGUCGCAGACGAUCUAGAUGUCACGCUGGCGCGCAGACGAACUCGGCGGAUCUCAAUGAACUCUAUCGGAACUGUCAAGUCGGAUGAAAGUGGUGGGGACGAGGGGAGCAUCAGCGAAUCGCGGGGGAGGAGGUCAGCAGGAUCCAGGAUGAGUUUUCAUGGGGGAGGGAGCGUAGGGCCGGUAGUGUGGGGUCGCGAUUACACAACGCAGCGUCGGCCGCACCGACGAUCCGCGGGCACCGGCCCCGAACAACGUCAAUGACCUCCUCAUUGCACUCAUUUGGUGUUUCAAAUGCUGGUGGGAGCUCGGCCUUUCCGAGAGCGCUGCCGGACCACUCGCAGAUUGGGCUAGAGAAGAUACUUAAGGCGCGACUGUUCGAGACAUUCAUCGCAGUUUCAGUCGACGUGCCUCCAGAGCCCGAAGCCGCUGACCCUGUAUCGGUCCCGUUACCCCAAUCCACACCUGCUUCGCCCUUGCUCCCUAGCACCGCGCCGACUUCCCCUCGUAGCCCCAACACUCCGAACACCUUCCCUCGCAAGGGUACAAAGCCGUCCCCCCUAAUUCCUUCGGACAAGUCAUCAUCAAACGGCAAUGCCCGUCGGGAUACAUCUACCCCAGCUUCUCCCGUUUCCCCGAACCGACACUCCAAAUCCGCAUCCGUCUCCGUCCUUCGACCCAAUGGCAAAGCUGCUGCUGCUGCCGGUGCGCUCUCUGCACGUAAAACACUCCCAUCCCAAGCCCCUGCGCCCCCGGCUCGUGUCAAGACACCAGAGCCAGCCUCACCCGACUUCAUAUCCCCUGUGCACCGGCCCUCGACCAAUCCAUUGUUCAAUGUUGAUGCGAAAUCGUGGACCGCGCCCAGUGGGCAGAAACUCAAGGUCGAGCUCUGGGGAAAGUCAAGGAGGACUGGAAGCGCAAUGAUUCUGUGUCGGUGAAAGGGAAAGAAAGGCAAUGGCAGGAGCAGGACGAGGAAGAUCACUGGAGAGUUUUGGAGCAGUGGGCCGUGGAUCUGGAGCAGCUCGUCCCCAUUUCCGACGAUACGGAGAUUCCAUCCAAUACCCUUGUCAUAAAUCUGCAGCCUCCGGGUCGAUCCUUCUAUUUGCCGUCUAAUCUUCAGCGAGAGCGUUUACACGCCAAGUCCUCCUCCGUCGACGCAGGAUAUGCAUCUGACCCCGAAUCCGCUGCGAGGAAAAGUACCGAGCUCGCGCCUGAUACGACACCGGAAAGCCUCGCGGUCGACGUGAAAGCCUUGAGCAGACGACGACUGAGGCGCGGGAACGAAGAUCAGGCCUUGGCCAAGACCGCCAACUGGCAGGAUCUAUUCAAACUGGUGACAUUGCAAGCUUGCAUCGUAGACAAUGAGACUUCUUCGAACGAUGUCAUCCGCGAAACAGACAAGAUUCUGGAAUCUGAUCAGCUAUGGGUCCUUAAACGACAAAUAUCUGAACGCGAGUCAAUUGUUCAGGGGAUGAGGAAAAGCUGUGCUGCGGUCUAUGAUGAAUCUGAAAUUUUGAAAGAGAAGAUUGAGAUGCGCCGACAGCAGAUCCAGGAAAGAAGGGAAAUGCUUGCGAUGGCGCAUGAAAUCACGCAAGCCGAUAUGUCGUUGUCUUGUGGGGAAGACGAGGAGGUCGCCGCUGCCCGUUCGGAGCUCGUCACAUUGCGAAGCAGAUUUACCCCGACCCGUACCACGCUCAUAUCCACGUUGGCGAGCAUCUUCCCCAUCGACAUUCUCUCGCCUCCUGAUCUUCUCUUCACGAUUCUCGGAGUGCCCCUUCCCAUUCCGCUCUCCGUGUCUGACCCUGGCCCGCCUCUGUCUCUGCCGUCCCACAAAGAUGUCACAGAAGACGCUGUUGCGACUGCCCUGGGUUACGUUGCCCAGGUCGUGCAAUUACUCGCCGCCUACCUGGGCAAAGGCCUAGUCUACCCCGUCACGUGCAUAGGAAGUCGCAGCAUGAUCCGGGAUGGCAUCUCGGCUAUGGUCGGUCCGCGGAUGUUCCCACUCUUCUCCCGAGGCGUUGACACAUAUCGUUUUGAAUAUGGUGUCUUCCUUCUGAACAAAGAUAUCGAACUACUGAUGGCGGACAAGGAUCUGCGGGCUCUGGAUAUGCGACAGACGCUACCGAACCUGAAAAAUCUUCUGCUGACACUCACUGAUGGCGAGGGCGCGCCCCUUGUACAUGGGUCCAGGUCUUUCGACUCGCCAGAGCUCUCGAUUACGGGACUCGAGUCUCCCAGGCCGGGAUCGCCAGCCGAAGUGACAACCCCGAAGGCGGAUAACUCAGAGCUUCCUCCGACCGACAGAGACACACCACCUGCUAGUGGAUCAACCACCCCGACGACAGUCGAAACGACUAAAAAAAGCCGGUUCAUGGGCCUGUCGCCCAUUGCAGGUUUUCUUCGAGCACGCUAUCCCUCUGCUAUUCGUGUCACGCGGCCGGAGUCGGAGUCGGCCGCCGAACCCGCCGAAGAGGAGUCCUCGCCGGCCGACGAUGAUGCCGACAGCCGCACGCUCCAUGGCGCUCCUGCCCCCGACGAGCAGCCGGAUCCGGGCCGAGCGUCGGAGAAGUCGGACGAUGUCAGCUCUGCCGUCGCUAAUCUUUCGGUUGCUCCUGUCCAGUGACACAUAUCUUCUGUUUCUAUGCAAAGUCUCUGCGUCUAUUCUUUCUCCCCGUUCAACAAAUCCGCGAAGGAAGCGGCACACGGCACACGCUAUCACGGGGAGCGAGGGAACAUAUGCCGCCCGGAAAAUUCGCUCUCGAUGCGAAUCGGCAACCUGUUUCUUCUUUCCGUGGAAUCAGUAUCUCAAACGAGAAAUGACGAAGACUCGUUGAGACUAGAGGCUAGAGCUUAUUCGCUGUGACGACCAGAAUUGAUCUCCUUGAUCUGAUGGUGGAACUGUCGCGCGAAAGGGAUGAAUAAGGCAAUCUGAGACAUGGGGGGCACAAGAAAGUAGUCGAGAGAGAAAGCAAGACAGUGAAAUAACGACCCUUGAUCCCCACGCCCACGGCUAAUCGAGAGAGGGGAUGUUAACGAAAUGUGAUGUGUGAAGAGUGUGAAUAUGUAAUUCUAGCCAAACAGAGCCCAUCACAGGUGCAUCGCCGCGCUAAAUCGCAGGUGACGACCGUUUAUUCCCUACCACUGUCUCCCGUUUCUCGUCCAGAAACCGGGACAUUCAAAAGGCCCUCUGCCGCAUUGUACCACCAGACCCAGUAGACGGGUUCAAAAUCAGCUUCAAGCGUCCUUGUGCAACUAGGUUUCCUCUUUCUUCCCCCCUUCGCUUUGUUCUCUAUCCUUCCUUGUCCCGGCCUACGCUCCGACACUCUUCGUCUUUCAAAAUGAAUCCCGCUCUCGAAAACUCUACCAAUACAUCUACCGAUAAUAGCCCUUCCGCGGACGACAGGAUGCAAAGUCCUCCUGCAUUCCUGGACCUCGCAGACUCUGCCGGGAGGUUGGGUGUUAAUAUGUCCGCUCGCGUCGAAGCGAAGCGGCUCGAACACGAACGUCAGCGUCUUAUCCAGCGCAAGCUCUUCGAAGAUCAGAUGCGUGCCCUGGAGCACCAACAGGCUCAGGAGUUGCUGAGUUUGCCACUCGACGGCUCCGGUGUGCAGCACCUGGCGGUCUCGGCCCCGACCACUCCUCCCCGCAUCAACACUGCUCUCAACGGCGCGGACGCACACGUCGGGGGCCAGCGUCGCUCGCAGCACUUUGACGCGGACACCCUGUCGAAGGCUGUCGGCACCACCGUCGCGGACAAGCGCAAGUCAGUCACCUAUGCGCCGUCGGCGACUCUUUCGCCCGACUUGGCGGAGAACGUUAAUGGUAACUUCGCCCGGUCCGCUGGGGCCAAGAGCAUGCCAGCCAGUCGCCGCACCUCUGCCAGCGAGCAUGACGAGGAGCUUGCGAGUCAUCUACAGGGUCUUUCGAUGGUCGGCGAAAGGACUUCCCCUGGUCCGGCUGGCAUGCCGGCCUCGAUCCUCAGCCGUGGGCCAUCCCGCUACGGUAAUGACGAGGGCGCGCGCUAUGCCAGCACGUACAAUGCUGGUAUGAUGUUGGACGAACAGCUCGACCAGGAGAUGCACAACGCCAUGCGCAAUCUUCCCACCUCGGACGACGACAAGUAUGCUUCACCGUAUCCGGGCAAGAUCUCCACGUCAUCUGCCGCUCUCGAUCUGGCGCACAUCUCGCAGACUUCGCCUCGUUCUUCUUUCGCUCCUCGCAGCGGCGAGCCUCGCGAGAAGUCAUCUGAAUGGCCCCAGUUCGCCGGGGGAGCGCGGGUGCCUGCGCCCGACGGGGCCCUUCGAUCAGAUCGUCGCACUGUGACCAAUCCCAAUUUGGUGCUGACAUCUGGCGAUCCCUCCGGCGCUAAAUUGACGGUGGCGUCCGCAUCAGCUACACCCUUGGUGCCUCAGCUCACCCAGCUUGGCACGCCGGUGUUGGGUCAGCUUCCUUCAUCGCGUCGGGGAUCUCCGCCCGGUCUGUUGGACGGCCUUGGCGCGACGACGCGUUCGGUUCCGGCGACGCCGUUGGGCAUUUCGAGCAGCGCGGUGCACAUUUUGAAGACCCCGGGCACACCGGGCGAGUCGCCGGCCCUCAACGGACGUCUGUCCGCGGUCGGCGAAAGCGCUGUCAACGCAAGUGAUCUGCAAGCCUCGCUGUCACGCAUCCCGACUUCUCAGUACGAGAAUGGGUCGCUUACGUUCAACUCCAUUCAAUCUGGGUUGGACGAUUCGCUUCAGUAUGGCAACGGGAUUGACUCCGUGUACGGCUUGGACAGCAGCUAUGGCUCGUACGGAUACGAGUCCGGACGGACCGGAGCGACGACCAACGGAACCACGGGCUCCACCGCGUUGUACCAUCACAACGGCUCUCGUUAUGGAUUGGGGCUCGCUCCUCGCAACGGCGACAGCAAGAUGAAUGGGCUUCAUGGACCGAAGCACAAAAGGGGUGACAUGGACCGUGAAUUCAAUCGCUUCGCCGGUACCCGCUUGGAGGAUCUUCAGGGAGAAAUCCCCGCACUCUGCAAGGACCAACACGGCUGUCGCUACUUGCAGAAGAAGUUGGAGGAGGGCUCUGCUGAGCACCGGGACAUGAUAUUCCGCGAAACCUACGGACACUUUGCGGACUUGAUGACUGACCCUUUUGGCAACUACCUUUGCCAGAAGCUGUUGGAGUACUCGACCGACGAGCAACGUGGCGUUAUCUGUGACUCGGUUGCGCAGGACCUGGUUAACAUCUCAUUGAACAUGCACGGGACGCGUGCGGUGCAGAAGAUGAUCGACUUUUUGUCAAGUCGCCGCCAGACCGAUUCCCGGUACAACGCACAAAUCCAUUCGAUCAUCGUCGCUCUCAGUCUCCAUGUGGUGGUGCUCAUCAAGGACCUCAACGGGAACCAUGUCAUUCAGAAGUGCUUGAACAAGCUCACGCCGGAGGAUAACCAAUUCAUCUACAACGCUGUCGCUGCCAACUGCGUCGAAGUAGCCACCCAUAGACACGGCUGCUGCGUUCUUCAACGCUGCAUCGACCACGCAUCGGACCAACAACGCAUCCAGCUUGUGAACGAGAUCACUUUCCACGCGUUGACGCUGGUGCAAGACCCGUAUGGAAACUAUGUCGUGCAAUACAUCUUAGAUCUGAACGACAACCGGUUCAGUGACGGUGUCAUUCGUCAAUUUGCGGGCAACGUGUGUGCCUUGUCGGUGCAAAAGUUCAGCUCCAACGUGAUCGAGAAGUGCGUGCGGGUAGCGGAGCACAGCACCCGGAAGUUGCUUAUCGAGGAGCUGCUGAAUCGCACUCGGCUGGAGAAGUUGUUGCGAGAUUCGUAUGGCAACUACUGUGUCCAGACCGCUUUGGACUACGCCGAGCCCAGUCAACGGGCGCUGUUGGUUGAGGGGAUCCGUCCUGUCCUUCCCUUGAUUAGAAACACACCUUACGGCAAACGCAUCCAGAACAAGUUGCAGCGUGAGCAAAUGGAGCACUACGGUGGCGGAUACCAGCACCCCCAGUCCCUGGUCGGCAAUCACUUGUCGCAGGGUAUCGUUCCUCCUGCGCGGCACCUGUCCUCUGGUCUGCACUCGAAUGGCCUCAACGACAUGUACGGCAGCCAAGGUCUCGGUGGGCAGGCUCUCUACGGCCAGACGUCGUUUGGCCAAACGCACAUGGCUCCGACUCACCACGGACUGGGACAGUCUAUCGAUGGCUACGUUCUCCAAGGCACCUCCUCGCAUCUCGGCCUCAACUCGUCUCACGGUGGGCUGUCGGCCGCUCCGUUCGGCGGCCUGAGUCCCUUUGGAAACGCCGGACUGACGAGUGCUAUCGCUGAUCCGUACCAGCGGUCCUUCGCCUACGGAAUGUAAAACAAGACGAACGACGAACGCCGACCACUCUUUCCUCCGACCUACUCUAUAUCAUCGACCGAUACCUCGAUCUACCUUAGCGCCAUCUUUUUGAAUUGCUGUUCUCAUCGCUCUCGUAUUCACACCCUCCAGCAGUGCCUUGCUCGCCUGCUCUGUAUCCUUUUCGACCCUCCCCGGCAUUUUUCCAGACUAUAUCUUCUCCGACCACCAUCGCACGUUGUACAAUCGCACGGUGUCUGUUUAAUAGUCUCGCUCCUCAUGCAUUCCUGUAGUUAAAUCCAUCCCGCUGUAUAAACUUCGUUAAUUAGAUUGCAACCGGAUAUUAUAUCACUAUUUUCUGCCUGUGGCCUUUAUAUCCCAGCGUGAUCUUUAGUCAGUUAUCAUAUUGUGGUGAAGUGUCUCCAACCCUAGGAUUUGAGGGAGAGGUAUGGCGUCGUUAAGUUGGAAUGACCAGAGACUAACUGCUGGGAGAGAAAAGAAAAUGCAUAGCAUGCUUCAUCGUAUCAUACUGAGUUGCAUACAGGACCGCAAGUGGUGCUAGCUAGAGUC